AUGACUACUACUCUUGCACCUGCUUCUCAGGCGACCACUGAUCCUGCUCUGGCCCCUUCUGCUGCCCCGACUAUAGAGACUUCAUCUUCUACUCUCGAGGUGGAUCAACUUGUAGAUGUUUGGAGCUUGUUGCACCGCAUGAGGAGGAUAAAAAUCCACAACUCUCCUUCUACUCUGGUUGCUCGGGUGACUAAGUUGGAUGAUGCCCUUAAAGAGGCAAAGAAGCGAUAUCAGGAUGCUUCUGAUUCUGUUAAGGAGAAAACUCGUCAGGUGGAGGAACAUCAAAAAUCCCUUCCUCAGGAGAUCGAGGCUCGUGCCAAAGAUCCCCAAGACGAGGUGGCGGAUAUGAAGCAUGCGCUCUGUGAUUCUGUUCAGUAG